CUAUUUCCAACACUUUCCAACAUUGAUGCAUCGCUCUAUCGUCGUCGUGCAAUUAAUUAUCCUAAAUUACCAACAACAAUAAACGAAAUUAGUUUAAAUGGUUCAUGGAAAUUAGAUAAAAAUGGUGCUGAUUUUCUACUGGUAGAUGAAACAUGGAAUGCUAAUAAUGACAUCUUAAAUGAUUUAUCGAGAACCAACAAUCACGUUGAAGGUUACAAUAGUCGCUUAGACAGUAUUUUUCCAUUGCACCCGCAUAUUUUUGAAUUUGUUGAAUUAUUACGUGAUGAACAUGUAUAUCAACAUCAUCAAGCUGAAGAAUCCGAUAUUCAGACGGGGAAACGAAAAAAAUCUAUGUUAUAG